AUGGAAGCCGGGGAGGCGGAAGUUGUGCUGUGCCCUGCAUUGCAUAGACAGAAGCCCCGCGUUACCUCCAUAUUGGUACACACACACUUAUUUUUUCUUUUUUCAGGAACCAUCUCAGUACUUUAUCUUUGGGUUUUAAUCAUAAUCAAGGCAUCCCGUUGGGGAUUCAACAUGUCAUUUGAUGGAGUCGCCCCAUCCUCAACAGGAUUUCGUUUCACUUUUCCUGCACUUACUGGGAUGUUAUCACUUGCCUUCUUUCUACACAAUGCAGUAAUAACAAUACUACGAAACAACAAACAGCAAGAGAAUAACGUUAGAGACUUGUCCAUUGGAUAUUUGCUUGUUAUGGUCACAUAUAUGUUUGUUGGGACCAUAUUCUACUCCACGUUUCCUCUCCCGAAGCAUUGUAUUUCAUCGAAUCUGCUGGAUAACCUUGCUUCUGAAGAUCCAUUAGCUGUUGGAGCGAGAGCAUUGCUAUUAUUUCAAAUGAUCACUGUGUUUCCUCUACUUGCUUACAUCUUUAGAUUACAAAUACUUCAUACCUUGUUUGGGAACACAUGGCCUGGUUGGCAGCACGUACUUGUCCUAAAUGCAAUAUUUGUGACCUUCUGUGUUUUGAUAGCGAUGUUUUAUCCUCAUAUUGGAGAUAUUAUAAGAUAUAGUGGAUCUCUAUGCGGCUUAGUCUAUGUAUUCAUAUUGCCCGUAUCUGUACACAUGUUCGCGAUGCACAAGAGAAACAAUUUGACACCAAUUUCAAUUAUUUUACAUUCUAUUAUCAUUGUUUUAGGCCUGGCCAAUUUUAUUGCACAAUUUUUAAUAACACCAUCAAAGUAAUUAAGUUGGAAAUAAAUCAAAGUCAAAUGCUUUGGCGUAGAUUAUCACUUCCAUUUGUUUUGAAUAAAUGGUGGGUAACUGAAUAUAGAUCAAUAUUUUUAUAUGCUAAAAAUAUGGUAAACAUACCUCUAUAAAUACUGCAUCAGUUUGUUAAAAUGGUUUAUUUCACUGUUUUUAUUUUAAUAUAAUCCAUGUACUAGCUAAUUUUAGAUAAAUCCCAAAGCAUAGAUUAUGAUGUAUUUCCAUCUGAGAUUUCAUUGAAGAUUUUUAACUACGUUGAUCACAUG